AUGUUGCCGUUGGAUGCGAACACCUUGGUUGAAGAGUGCCACACUUCCUUGGAUGAGCCCGAUGACAGUGGGCGGCUGCCAAUCCACAUCGCCGCAAUGUCCGGUCAGCCUGCCGUGCUUGGCUAUCUGAUAACCACGCUGUCUAAAAGUCUCAACCACGAUUUUGUUUCUUCCCGCUUCAUUUCUCUAUUGAAUGAAUUGGAGGCCUUUCUGGCCGGGCCUGAGACUGGGGAGACGAUGGGUGACGCGAGUGACAGAAAUGGUCACACAGGAAGUGAAGUGGCUUCGCUCUUGCGUGUAGGAGGCAUGAAGUUUGGAGGCAAUUUAGAACACCAGCGCCAGCUACGCCUAUUUACACAAGUUUCAGGCGCAGCGGCCGCCAACUAUCUGGAUCUUCAUCACUGGACUCCACUGCACUACGCCAGCUCCGAGCAGGCCAUCAACGACUACUCAUGUUGUAUUGGCCUCCUGCUGAACCACGGUGCUGAUCCCAUGAUGCGUACACUUAACGGAAAGACCGCCCUUGACCUUGCCUACGAGGCUGGCCGGUCAAAAGUGUUGAUUGACGCCUUGCCUACCAGCAAAAUGCUCACCUUACUGAUGCGCAUUGACGACGUGGUGCCAAGGCACAUUCGUCUGCAGCAUUGGCACGUGAAAGAGCAAGUUCGCCGGAAUCGUUCUAGGACGGAAGUAUCGAAGUCAACUGGUCACGCUUCAAACACCACGCAAGCUUCUACGACUCUGAAAUUGCCGGGAAAAAGCGAUCCUGCCAUUGUGGCCAAGUUGGCCCAUCCAAGUUGCUCGGUUCCGACCAGAUCAUCAACAAGUGCGGACUCCGAGGAGCUUGUGGCACCCAUUAUGUCUUCGCCGCUUGGUCAGCGUCUUGACAUGCUGGUAUAUGGCCGCUCUUUUAUAUCGCGGACACACAAAUCCCCUGCUUCUGGCGGACCCUUUAAGUUGCCGGCCGAGCGCGAGAAGAGAAAGCCGGCAGCAACCGCAUCGCGUCCUAGUCACGGGGAGACUCAACUCGACUCGAUGGACAUCUUGGUCAUCUGGCGCAAGAUCCUCCUGAAUGACGACGUUGAGCUGCUUGAGGCGUUGCGCGAUUCGAUGAUCUGGCGUGAAGGCGCCUCUGAGAGCUCACUGCAGUCGACUUUAGAUGCUUCUACUCAACCGGCGAGGCCGGCUAGCGUGAUACGACAUGAA